AUGGAGCCAAUACUGCACCAACUUCAGCAGAUUCAGCAAGUGCAGCAACUGCAGCAGCUGCACCAGCUGAAGGGAAGAACAGAGUUGCCCCUGGUCACUGGUGCCACUCGCCUCGUUUCUAUCGAGGUUGAUCCUCCUCCUGGACUUGAUCUGCACAGUAGACCCAAUCACACCCGUGAUGUCAACACGAAAUAUGGCCUGGACUCCCGUCGCGGGAUCGGCCACCAACGCGGAGUCGAUCCAAAGAGUGGAGCCCACGUCAGGGGCCCUGAGGAUCCCCCAGGACCCCCGUACCUUUGCUGCUGGGUGAAUGGAGAGUCGAACACUCCCCUCUUUGUGAUUCCCCUCAAGGGUUCUCGCGUCGUGAACAAUAUCACAGAAUUAGGGCCAUGCCUGUACAUCAUAUCUUCAGCUGGAGAAUUUGAGUUUCAGUGCCCUUCGCGUCCUGUGUGCUCGCGUUGGUUGGAAAUUCUCAAAAAUUUAGGAGUCUCUAUUUUGAAAUUUACGGAUCUAUACCGCCUCGUCGAGUUCAUAGGAGAGGGCAGUUUUGCCAAAGUUUACGUCGGUCAACAUUUGUUCACUGGGGAGAACGUGGUGGUGAAGGCAGUAGACAAAAAGAAGGUGCUGGAAUCCAAUGUGUACACAGAAAUUGAAGUACUGCGCAAGGUCACACAUCCCUACAUAAUGCGACUCUAUGCAGCCUAUGAGCAAGAGGACUUUGUUUGUUUGGUGUUGGAGUACCUGCGCGGUGGCGAACUUUUUGAAUACUUAAGUGUCAAUGGGCCUUUCAGUGAAGACCAGGCGCGCUUUGCAAUCAGACGAGUUCUACUGGCCCUGCAAGAAAUUCAUUCCAAGGGGGUGGUGCACAGAGACCUGAAGACGGAAAACCUGAUAAUAGAAAACCCUGCUAAUCCAGCGUCCAUCAAACUAAUCGACUUUGGGCUGGCUGCCACCGUCGGCUCUCCAGCAAUGAAAAUGAGAUGCGGCUCGCCUGGAUACGUUGCUCCAGAAAUUCUCCAAGAUUUGCCAUAUGGGCCUAAAGUAGAUGUGUUUAGCUCGGGAGUUAUUCUGUUUACUCUUUUGGCUGGCUUUCCUCCAUUUAGGGGACAGAAUGUUAAGGAGAUACUGAAAAGGAACCUCAGGUGCCAGCUGGCAUUCACUCACCCGACUUGGAGUCGCAUCAGUCACUCCGCCAAAGAUCUUAUUGGCUGGAUGUGCUCACGACAGCAAGCGCGACGCUGUGCUGCAGUGCAGGCGCUUACACAUCCUUGGUUUUACAGGAUACCUAGACCUAUAGGUGGUGCUGCAGACACUGGUGCAAAGCCACCAGUGCCGGCAGCAGCGGCAGUAACAACUGGGCCAAAGAUUGAUGCACGAAAAUCGCCUUCGACGGGACCGGGGGCAGCAAAAGCAACGGUAGCAGUAGCAACCGCUGUAGCAGCAGGAGCUUCACGACCACUUGCGACGGCCUCGACGCCGAAGAACAUGCAACAGAAAUUGCAAGCGCAGCAUCAACCGCAACGUCAUCUUUACCAAGACCAUCACUACCAGCAGGAGCUGCUUGAGAAGCUUCACCAGGAGCAGGAGCAGCAGCUUUCCACUUCAUUUGGUGAACAGCAGAGCAACUGCUCGGGCCGGCUGAAGCAGCCCAGACAGGGGCCCCGCGGGAAGCCCCCUGAGUCAGUGAUAUUAGAGCAGCACAAAGAUACCUCAUUCUUCAACAGCGCUCCUCCAGGGGGUCCCCACCGGUCUGACGCGGAGAAGGGGAGAGACAACAGCAUAAUUUUAGAAGGCAAAGACAGUCAAGACGAUGCUUAUGUUCGCAGUCUCCGGCGCAAGCAAGCAGUUUCGAAAAGGUCGUCCGGUGCAGCAAAGACUGCAAGGGGGGCUUCCCCACGUGAUGAACGUCCCGAAUCAGUAACAGCAGCAGCAGUAGCCGAUCAUUUUUGUUCGAUGGAGUGCGAGGAGAAAGACGUUGGCUAUGUAUUCACGUCCAAAGCUUCAGCAGUCGAUCCACCCCCAGCGGCAGACGCGGCAGUAGCAGCAGCGGCGGCAACGGCAGUGACAGCAGCAGCAACUGCUGGCGUUUUGGCCGCAGCUGCUCGCUUGUCUCUGCACCAGCAGCAGGAGCAGGAGCAGCAACAUAUCGCUAUCUCUUCGUGCUGUAGCGCCGUACCCCCGGUUCCUUCGCUCCAGUUGUCAUCAGCAGCAGUAAGGGCAUCGAGAGCCCCGGCCGCUGAUGUGAUAUGUGAGCUGAUCCCGACAGGCGGCAAUAGCAGCAAGAGCAAGGGGCUUCUCACUCCCUGUUCCUCAACCUUCUUAGAAUGGAGGGGACUUCCAGCAGAUGUCUUAGAGACACCAGCUUAUCUCCGUUGUGAGAAGAGCGCCACCGCUGCAGCAACAAGUCCAGCAGCAGCAACGGCAAACGCAGCAGCAACAGCAGCAGCAUGCGUAGAAGCGCAAAACCCUACGGCUGAGGAGGAUAUACGUACUCGCAGUCCUACAUCAAGCGACUCAACAUUCGCCUCUCCAACAGCAGCGGCAUUUGGCCGCCUGUGCUUGUCCCCCAUAUCUCCCUAUUCUAAUGCAGACCCAAGGGAGAAACCUCAGAAUAGUUAUGUCCAAGACAACAGCAACUGCUUAUCUGGAUCUUCCGAUUAUUCUGGCAACACGCCCUGCAGAGACGCUCAAAAUUUGGCUCCAACAAGUCCGAGCUACCAACGAGCUUAUCAGGUGCCGCUAGAACGCUUCGCCGAUGCACCAACUGAGGAGCAACUGAGUGACCCUUUCGCGCAUACUUUUAUGUUUUCUGUUGAGCUUAAGGGAGAAGAAAGUACAAAAAUGCUUGAGGUCCAGAAUGUGGCAGAACGGUUUGCUCCCGACACAGCCAGAUCAAAGACCUCCGGGGAGCCCAAGAAGUUAGGGGAUAGAGAUAGCGGGCGUGUUGACUAUGCUGACGAGGGAAGGAGUUUGGUGGGCACAUUAGCGGACCCCCAAAAGGCAUCAAACGAUUUUCAUGGGUCGCGAUCUUGUCAAGCUGGUAGGCCUGCUGCGAUGGAUGGUUGCUACUCAGCUCCUCCACAAGACAACCAACAGCAGCAUCAGCCGCAGAUAAAUCAGCAGUUGCAGCCGAUCGUAAAGCAAACUCUCGUCACCGUGCCCAACGCAGGAGACGGCCUUCUAAAUAGACCGAUGAAUGUGGAGCCCCACCAGAGUCGCCCCACGGCAGAACUCUGUAAACCGUGCUGUACAGAGGAUAACUGUGGAAGUUGCCAGCAAGGCUCCUCGAACAAUAAUGGAAGUCAUUUCACACCUGUGAAGAAUGAUAUUUGGGAGAAAGAGAGUUCUCGUCGAAGUUCCGAGGAUUCAGGUUGUCGGAGCCCCUCCGCAGAUGAUAUGGAGCAUCAAAAGACACGAAAGCGAUGUCCUCAAACUGAGGCCUCCCAGUUUUGUGCAGACCAGCAGACCCUUCCGGAGGGCCAAAAUUCCGGCUGGACGGAAGGGGCAAAUGCCAUUGUGGGGGAUUCUCAAUGCAGGGGUAGUCCAUCCUCCUCGGAUGGCUCCCGCACGCUGCGCAUGCAGGUUUCACGGAAGAUACGUGCUCAUCGCUACCUUGUCCCUGGACCCCAGAGCUUGGUGAGAAAUACCACACGAGCACUAAAGAAGUCCACUGAGGGCAUCAUGAGGCCUUUAGCGCCUCCUCGCAUCUGUGAAGAAGACGGGCCCCCUCAAGAGCCCUCCAGUACAGCCAGAGACCUGGAAGCAGCCAAGGCGCAACUUCCAAAGGGCGUGGGGGGAGGCAGCGUCAGUAAAACAAAAGAAAGAGAUGAGUACUACCGCGAUUUCAAAGAGCUGCACCCCGCUUCCAGGAAGGGCUCUGCGCAGUCACCCACGGACGUCCAUCGAAGAGGCUCAACGCGGAGGCAUCCCGCUGUUGAUCUCGGGGUUGCGACAAUAGCCGAUGGCACAACCAGUUCCAACAGUACCUACGAACGGUCUCUGCAGGUCCGCAGCACCAGCAAUACCAGCACGAGCACCAGCAGCAGUAGUAGCAGCGGCAUUCGCAGCAGCAGGAGCUGCAACAACAAUAGUAGUGGUAAGAGUCGGAGUGUGCUGCCCCUUCACUCUGUGCAGUUUCGCUUGUCUGAGAUAAUGGCUUUGCCGUUCCUCAAUAAAGUUGCUUCGGCUUUGGGCGCUCGCGACUGGUUGAGGGCAAAAGUACAAAGCAGCCCCAGGAACCCUCAGGAGCAGCUCUAA